AUGGCCUAUUCCAUUUCAACACAGAACUUUGUUGCGCUUUCAGAUCUACAUCCAAAUCUGGCUCGCCCUAGUAUAAUCGGUGUAGUUAUUGGGAAAACAGAUGUCAAAGGUUUUCCAGACCGAAAAAACAUUGGAUCUGAGAGAUACACCUUCAGUUUUACCAUUCGAGAUUCACCAGCUUACUUUAUAAAUGUAAAUUCUUGGGGCAGAGAGGAGUAUGUUAGAUCACUUUCAGAAAGUUUUAGAGUAGGUGACUGUGUGACAAUUGAAAAUCCUUUAGUGCAAACAAAGGAACUAGAAAAGGAAGAAAAAUUCAAUCCCACAACUCCUAGCUGCUACAAAUUAUUGCUCAGUGAGACUCAUUCAGUGGUCAAAAUUUGUUGCCACUAUGAAGUGGACACCAAGCUGCUUUCCCUGUUGCAUCUACCUGUAAAGGAUCCUCAGGAUUACUAUUCUCUGGGUGACAUUGUUGCAAAUGGGCAAAGCCUUGAUGGAAGAAUCAUUAAUGUGCUUGCAGCAGUGAAGUCGGUUGGGGAGCCAAAGUACUUUACCACUUCGGACAAAAGGAAAGGUCAGAGGUGUGAAGUAAAGCUGUAUGAUGAAACAGAGUUGUCCUUUGCAAUGAUUUGUUGGGAUAAUGAAUCUAUCCAGCUUGCGCAGAGUUGGAUGCCACGAGAAACAGUAAUAUUUGCAUCAGAGCUGAGAAUAAAUUUUGACAAAUUUAGGAACUGCAUGACUGCGACUGUUAUAUCAAAAACCAUUUUUACAACUAAUCCAGACACACCAGAAGCAAAUAUUCUUUUCAACUUCAUAAAAGAGAGUGCAGCAACUGGCGCUUUGGAUGAUAUAACUGAGGAUCAGUUAAAAGAAUCCAUAAAUUUGCAGACUAUAGUUGACAUUUAUACUGUGGAGCAGUUAAAGGUAAAAGCUUUGCAGAAUGAGGGAAAACCUGAACCAGUCUAUGGCAUUAUUUACGCUUAUAUUUCUACACUGAACAUUGAUACUGAUACAUCUAAAAUUAUACGAAACAGGUGUUCAGGGUGCCACUAUGUGGUCAAUGAAAUGUCAAACACAUGCACUUUCUGCAAUGACAACUCUUCAGAUGCUAAGUCUGUCUUUACCAGUUUUGAUUUACUAGUUGAUCUUACAGAUCACACAGGCACUCUACGUUCAUGUAACCUCUCAGAUGUUGUAGCUGAGGAAACAUUAAGCUGCACGGUACAUGAAUUCCUCACUCUGACGGAAGAGCAGAAGACAGCAUUAAAAUGGCACCUUCUUCUUGAACGAAGCAAAAUUUAUUUUAAAUUGGUUUUGUCACCCAGUUUGAGAACCGGAUUGAGAGUGAACUUGCUUUCAUGCAAACUAGCAGAUCCUGUAGAGGCCAGUCAGAGCUUGUCAGGAAAAGGAAGAAAAUAA